AACCCGCCGCUCGCCGCUGAUCAGCGGAUUUUGUUUGUGGGAGAGGAGAAUGAGCCGCAGUCGACAUUAUAUGAUCGACUGAAGGGAGCAUCAACGCUUUUCAUGUAAAGUUCAAUGUCAAAAAAACGAACUGUGAAACGUUUAGAAAUAUAAUUCAUUAUUGUGUCUCUCCUCGCCGGUGCUGUUUUCUAUUUCCCUCAUAGUCAACUGCUGUUAUAUCAGUAGAACCAAAAGGCAUUGCGCUUCACAGACUUGGACUUGAAGAAAUCUAACGGCUGCGAUCAAUACCGAUAUCUUUACCAACCGGAUUUAAAACAGGAUAUUCCAACUCUGAAUAGGAUUUGUAUCGAAUAGGAGAGGAGGCUUCUAUGCACAGCCGCAAUUUUGGGCAUUAGAAGAACACGCAUUCCAAUUAUCUCGCGCACUAAAGGGGAUUUUCUUUUGGAUAACGGGUUGUUCCGUGUGUGGAAACGGCCCCUUCUUCAAAUGCAAGAAUCCAUCACUCUGACAUUCAGCAUUGAAAGAAGAAGAAGAAGCGUUUAAAAUCCACAAGGUCUGAAACUCUGUAACCACAGGACCGUUGUCACCAUGGAUCUAACAGACUUUUACUUGUUGGCUGCUCUCGUUGCCUGUUUUUGGAUGGAUCCUUCUAUAGCCCAGGAACUGAUCUAUCCUAUUAGAGAGGAACUGCAGGAAAACGUUCUCAUUGGAAACAUACCAAAGGACCUGAACGUCUCCCAUACAAACGCUGCUACCGGAGCUAGCGCUAACCUGGUCUACAGGCUGGUGUCUAAAGCCGGCGACAACCCUCUGCUCAGAGUGCAGAGCAGCACGGGAGAGAUAUUUACCACCUCCAAUCGCAUCGACAGGGAGAGGCUCUGUCCCGGCCCCUCGUUCGAGGAGAACGAAUGCUCCUUCGAGAUCGAGGUGGUGAUUUUACCCAACGACUACUUCAGAUUGAUAAAGAUUAAGAUCGUAGUCAAGGACACCAACGACAACGCUCCCAUGUUCCCGUCUCCUGUCAUCAACAUCUCCAUCCCGGAGAAUACGCUGAUCAACAGUCGUUUCGCCAUCCCCUCCGCCACCGACCCCGACACCGGCCCCAACAGUGUACACAAGUACCAGCUGGUGAACGGGCAAAGCGCCUUCGGGUUGGACAUCGUAGAGACGCCCGAGGGGGAGAAGUGGCCGCAGCUCAUCGUUCAGCAGAACCUGGACAGGGAACAGAAGGACACGUACGUCAUGAAGAUCAAGGUGGAGGACGGCGGCAUGCCACAGAAAUCCAGCACCGCCAUCCUCCAAGUCACCGUCACAGACGUUAACGAUAACAAGCCGGUGUUCAAGGAGAACCAGAUCGAGGUCCACAUACCGGAGAACUCGCCUAUAGGGACGUCCGUAGUCCAGCUACAGGCUACGGACGCAGACGUGGGGGCGAAUGCCGAAAUCAAAUACAUGUUCGGGACUCAGGUCUCCCCAGCUACCAAGAGACUAUUUGCUUUAAACGGCACCACGGGUCUUAUAACCGUACAGCGACCCCUCGAUAGAGAGGAGACUGCCAUACACAAGUUAUCCGUGUUAGGUGACGGCAGCUCCAGCCCGGCCAGAGCUACCGUAAUUAUAAACGUGACGGACGUGAACGACAAUCCGCCAAACAUCGAUCUGAGAUAUAUCAUCAGUCCGAUAAACGGCACCGUGUUCCUCUCGGAGAAAGACCCAAUCAACACCAAGAUAGCUUUGAUCACCGUGUCGGACAAGGACACGGACGUCAACGGCAAGGUCAUCUGUUUCAUCGAGAAGGACGUCCCCUUUCACCUCAAAGCGGUGUACGACAACCAGUAUUUACUAGAGACGUCGGCGCUGCUCGACUUUGAGGGGACCAAAGAGUACAACUUCAAAAUCAUAGCCUCCGACUCUGGCAAGCCGAGCUUGAACCAGACAGCGUUGGUAAGGGUGAGGCUGGAGGAUGAAAAUGACAACUCGCCGAUCUUCAGCCAUCCUGUCAUCGAGCUGGCCGUCAUGGAGAACAACAAACGCGAUCUCUUCCUCACGACUCUCAGCGCCACCGACGAGGACAGCGGGAGAAAUGCGGAGAUCGUCUACCAACUAGGCCCUAACGCCUCGUUCUUUGACCUGGACCGUAAAACCGGUGUCCUCACGGCCUCCCGGGUUUUCGAUCGCGAGGACCAGGAUCGGUUCCUGUUCACGGUAACGGCCCGAGACAACGGGACGCCUCCACUCCAGAGCCAGGCAGCAGUCAUCGUGACAGUACUCGAUGAAAACGACAACAGCCCCAAGUUCACCCACAACCACUUCCAGUUCUUUGUGUCAGAGAACCUGCCCAAGUACAGCACGGUGGGGGUGAUAACUGUCACAGACUCAGAUGCCGGGGAAAAUGCCGCCGUCACGCUUUCGAUACUCAGCGACAACGAGAACUUUAUCCUAGACCCGUACUCUGGAGUAAUAAAGUCCAACGUGUCCUUUGACCGGGAGCAGCAGAGCUCCUACACCUUCGACGUCCGGGCGGUGGAUAGCGGGCGGCCCCCAUGUUCCUCGGCCGCCAAGGUGACCAUCAAUGUCAUCGACGUAAACGACAACACCCCCAUCGUCAUCUACCCUCCUUCCAACACCUCCUUCAAACUGGUCCCCCUCUCAUCCAUCCCUGGAUCGGUGGUGGCCGAGGUCUUUGCUGUGGACGGUGACACAGGGAUGAACGCAGAGCUCAAGUACACCAUCGUUAGCGGCAACACCAAAGGUCUGUUCCGGAUCGACCCUGUGACAGGAAACAUCACCCUGGAGGAGAAGCCUGCUAUCUCCGACAUCGGCCUCCAUCGGCUGGUCGUGAACAUUAGCGACCUGGGCUACCCUAAGUCCCUGCACACUCUGGUGCUGGUGUUCCUCUAUGUGAACGACACUGUCGGCAACGCCACGUUUAUCUACGACCUCAUUCGCCGCACCAUGGAGACGCCCCUGGACAGGAACAUCGGGGAGAGCAGUGAGACUUACCAGAGCGGAGAUUAUCUCACCAUCAUGAUCGCCAUCGUAGCCGGGGCGAUGGUGGUGAUUGUGGUGAUCUUCGUGACAGUCCUGGUGCGCUGCCGUCACACCUCGCGGUUCAAGGCGGCCCAGAGAAAGAAGCAGGGCGCUGAGUGGAUGUCUCCCAACCAGGAGAACAAGCAGAACAAGAAGAAGAAGCGUAAGAAAAGGAAGUCGCCUAAAAGCUCCCUCCUGAACUUUGUCACCAUCGAGGAGAACAAGCCGGACGACCCGGCUCACGAGCCCAUCAACGGCAACAUCAGCCUGCCUGCCGAGCUGGAGGAGCCUGGCCACUUUGACUGGAACGCUGCUCCAACGACCACCUUCAAGCCCUCGAGUCCAGACCUGGCACGGCACUACAAGUCCGCUUCUCCGCAGUCCGCGUUCCACCUCAAAGCGGACACGCCGGUCUCCGUGAAGAAACACCACAUGAUUCAGGAGCUCCCUCUGGACAACACCUUCGUAGGGGGCUGUGACACUCUGUCCAAGAGAUCCUCCACUAGUUCAGACCACUUCAGUGCCUCGGAGUGCAGUUCCCAGGGAGGAUUCAAGACUAAGGGAUCCGUACACCCGUCCAGACAGGUAAAAGACUUUUACUGGUCUAUAAGUACUGCGUAUAACUGCCCGGUCCAACAGUGCUGAGCUCCCUUCUACACUAUACACUAUAGCUGACUUGGUCUUAAUACCAAUUAGAAAGGGGGGAAUCAC